AGCAACACCUGGAUAGAAGAAGCGUUCUUGAGCCUUACGCGAGAUGAUUUCAACAUUUUGAACUAAACGAAAGCCUUUAAUAACCUUGACUGAACACCUCAACUUUUUUGUCGACUCGCGCCUCUUGAUAUUAAGUAUCUUCAUUUACGACCAUGCCGACCGUGGGCAUCUACGCUGACGAGCUGUGCAAGGCUCUGAACAUCGAGUAUGACGACAAAAACGAGAAACUAAAAGAACAGGGCGAGAUAUGGAUUGCAAAAAUGUCUGGGUCUGGAAGAAUGCGAGAUCUGUCAUGCAGUUUUUGCCUGACCCAGAUCGUCUGGUAUGCAAGCUCUAGCAUCACAGAUUUUGAGCACUUAUUCCAAUGCCUAAUCCGCAUGACAAAUCCUCCUUCUCGGAAACAAGAAAUGGGGCUUUUUGCUAGCCAUGCAUGACAGAUUUUAUCUUGAUGUAGACAUCGCAUCACAAAUUCGAAUCCUUCCAGACCCAGACACUUUUGCAUUUGAUACGAGAAGACGUUCGACGACUUGUGUUUCGAGUACGGACUGGAGCUCGACGAUGUCACCUGCGACUACGAGAUGGUAAAAGCGGAAAAGGGCCAGGAGGCCGCGGACUUGGCACGGGAGGAGGCUGCUGCCAAAGGCAAGGACACCAUGCGCACGAUCUGGAAAGUUGAUAUACCCGCAAACCGCUACGACUUGCUCUGCAUCGAAGGUACAACGCGUGCUGCGGGUUUGUGCUUCGCAAGUGGAAAUAUGAAUGCAUUAGGCGCGGCGCUUAAAAACCUUGUCUCGAGAUAAUUGUUCUGGGACCGAAAGAACAGGAAUCCGAGUCAAAACAUGCAAAGAUGAACCCGAAAUGAAGUCAGCGAGAAAAAAAUCUGGCUUAUUGCUCAAAAAUAAUACUCACAGGGUUGACGAGGUCACUCCAGACGUACCGCGGGGUGAUGGAUCCGGUUCAAUACAGCUUGGUAAAACCGGAAAGGCCACUGCAGUGCUUUGUCAAGAAGGAGGUCGCGCAGGUGCGCCCCUACUUCGUGAUGGCGGUGCUGCGUAACAUAUCCUUCACUCCAGCCAGCUACGAGUCUUUCAUCGAUCUGCAAGACAAGCUACAUCAGAACAUCGGUACAGAUACAGUGGGUUUACCUCAAAAUUUGGCGGUUUUUCACGUACAUAUGUGGUCCUUAUCUUUGCGGUGAGCAGCAGCCGGAUGUUGCAAACAGCCAUGAUUAUGUAUGAUCCAAAAGAACAUUUAUUCUCAGGUAGGAGGCGGGAGCUCGUGUCUAUGGGAACCCACGACCUUGACACGCUCGAAGGACCAUUCACGUACGAAGCGCUGGCUCCGGAAACGAUAAAUUUUGUUCCCUUGAAGGAUCCCGAGGGGGUUUCCCUCGACGGCUCCCGGUCUUUCGACGCCAAGUCACUCCUCACCGGCUACCAGUCACACCAGCAGCUCCGCGCUUACGUAAGUUUGAUGUAGUUUCCUGCGGUUAACUAACAUAAGUACCACCUAGGGUGAGUUUCGUGGAACGACUUCUGAGAACUUCUAUUUGCUCAACACAUGACGUGGUCCCAAGCCAACGACACGGCGUUUUUAAGUUUUGGGUUAUAAAAAUUACAAACCAGGUGCCGUUGAUUUACGACAAGCCGAAAUACCCCGUUAUCUACGACAAAAAGCGGACCGUAUGCUCGCUGCCUCCCAUCAUCAACAGCUGGCACUCACGGAUCAAGCUGGAAACCAAAAACGUGCUCCUGGACGUCACCGGAUUGGACUACACAAAAUGCUGCGUGGUGCUGGACACUUUGUGCGCCAUGUUUUCCCAACACUGCGAGAAACCCUUCGAAGUGGAGCAGGUACUAGCAGGAAAAACUUAGGGCUCUUGUUCGUUGGGUUGCAUAAGUACGACCAAGAGCAUCAGCAUCUUCCGUGUGUUAUGGAUCAUAUAGCAUCAACUUCUAUGUGGAAAUGCAGAUGGGAUCUUUCUGGUGUACCUUUGUCAAUGUGUAUAGUUAGAUUUAUCCCCAACACCAAUUGGACACUUAAACAGGUCGAAAUGAUCAUCGAGGAAGAUUACCCGAAGGACGUGCCCUUCGUGACCCCGGGAUCGCGGAAGCUGUACCCAACUAUGGCGGAAAAAAAGUUCACUGCCAACCCGGAGAGGAUGAAGGACUGGCUCGACAUCAAGCAUUUGAGUAAUUUGCAUUGGUUUGCUUUCGACAAAAGGAAAAACAUUUUCACAUCUGGGGUGAAGACGACUCACUUUUCUGCGAGAUAAACAAGUAGUUCUCGUCACUUGUUGACAACUAUUUUCUUGUUGCCAGGAGCCGAAUUAUGAAGAACAUUUGUAAAAAUGAAUAAUAUCACAGGCACACCAGACGUGCAGACGUAUCUGAAGAAGAUGAUGAUGCCAUCCGAGGUGCUGAGCGACGGGCAGCUGUCGGUCCGCGUCCCGUGCACGCGAUCGGACGUAAUGCACGAGUGCGACGUAAUCGAGGAUUUGGCCAUUGCCUACGGCUACAACAACCUCCGCGCCGUCGUGCCCGAAGUGGUGGCGGACAUCAAGGACCAGAAGGUCGGGCGGCUGACGGACAUGCUGCGCCAAGAAUUCGCCGGCGCGGGCUACAAUGAGGGGCUCACCUUCGUCCUGGUACAAGAAAUGCAUUUUAUUCAAAGUAGCAAGAGCUUGGCUUGUGGUGGUUCCCUGUAGCAUUUUGCCUCGUGGUCCCUGUAGCAUUUCUUUCCACUGUGACGUCUAUUUGCAUCGGGCGAAGUGGUCCACCUGCUCGUGACAUUAUGAAUUGGUUUGAUCAACAUCAACGAGAAGUUUUUGCAACUACAACCUCAAAAAAUUAUCACAGUGCUCCAAGGAGGACUGCUUCAAGUGGUUCCGGCGAGAGCCGUGCGCGGAGACGCUGGAACGGCAGCCGCACGCGUGGAGCUACGAGCCGCUGCUGCCGCCGGUGCUGCUGAAGAACCCGAAGACCAAGGAGUACAACACGGUGCGGACCAGUCUGGUCCCCGGGCUGCUGAAGACGCUGAACCACAACAAGAAGAACCCGCUCCCCAUCCGGUUCUUCGAGGUCGCGGACGUGGUGGUGCAGGACAACGCGCAGGAGACCAACGCCCGCAACAUGCGCCGCGCGGCGGCGGUGAUCUGCAACCGCACCAGUUCCUUCGAGGAGAUCCACGGGCUGCUGGACCACCUGAUGUACAAGCUGGACUGCCGCAGCAGCGUUUGGAUCGGGGAGGAAAAGCUGAAGAACGGUGGCAAGUGCGACUGGACGGGCAAAGUGUACGAGCUGCAGCACGGCAGCGACGCGGAGUUCCUCCCCGGCAUGUGCGGACACAUUUUCGUGGACGGCAUCAAGAUCGGCGUGGCGGGCGUGCUCAGACCGGACGUGUUGAACCCGCCUCCGGAGUUCGUCGGAGACGGCGCCGACAAGGUACGCCUCACCGCCCCGUGGAGCAUCACCGCACCCGUGUCCGCCCUGGAAUUCAACGUCGAACCCUUCCUCGAGUGGCUCAACCAGUAAAACGCUCCUAUACCGGCGACCGCGGGGCGUCUUGAAAAUGUGCAGGACAGCAGGAAGUUGCACAAUGCAUCAUGAUCUGUUGUGGUGAUGCUGCGCGGACGAGGUCUCCCACGGUGCUGUCCCCGCGACUGCAGCCUUUCUCGCGCCGAAGGUUGCAAGUAGGAAGACUACAGGGCUGUGCAGUCUGUCGUAGAAACCAAUUCUGUAUACGUAGAUCCGUGUACAACUUUCUAGUGUAUCACGCAAGAAAU